AUGCCUUCGCAGAGCUCUCCUCAACGAACUGUCCACGUGGACAUCCAUGAGUUCGGUAACGAUCAUGUCAUUUAUGACAAGAUGACCGAAUACGCGUCCGUCAAGUUCAACUGCUCCUUCAACCACAAUAAACGGCCAGAUAUGGGGGAACAUCUGAGGCAAUGCUCUCUUUAUCUCACGGAGACCCAAGCUCCCAUACUUGGACAACGCCGCGACGCCGGCGACCCGGAAGCGUUCCUAGAAACAGGGUUCAGAUAUCUGAGUGGGUGCGGCGUCCAUGAAGUGAAUUUACAAGGCGCUCUGUUUGUGCUGGAGACGCUGACAGUCGAAAUGGCGCACAACACGGCCGACGAUCUACUCGCAAUAGGCCAUUCUACGGCCGCCUACGCGUACUGGAAAGAUUGGUGCACUAUCGACCCAGAAACUCGCGCAUAUAUCGAUUCGCAAGCUCGCCGCUUUGAGCGCCCUGUUGGCUUGUCACCAUACGCGUCCCUCGUCUUCGCGGCGGUGCACGCGAACUAUAGCGUCUGUCUGGGACUCGUCAGUCCGGCAGUCCUCGUCGUAGGGUUAGGAGUCAAGGAUGUCAUGGAGAAGCUUGGUAUUGACGUCACCAAGACGUCGCCGAGAUUUAAACCGCUCUGGGAUGCGGUGAAAAAGCGGGAGGAUGAAGUGCUCGCUGAACAGCGACGGCGUCAGGCAAAGUUGGCUAAGGAGGCGAACGCGUAUAUUUGCGCUGCGGAGGGGUGUAAGGUAGAAGGACUGCACAAGGCUGCCCUCAAGGCGUGCUCGGGAAGAUGUCCACCGGACCUCAAGCCGCACUACUGCAGCAAAGAGUGCCAAAGAAGGGAUUGGCCAAAGCACAAGGAGAUAUGCAAGCCCGGCAGACAUGGGAAACCUCCGAAGCUGCCCUCAGACGAGCACCAAAAUGAUGCCUUCGUGAGGGGGUUCCAGCAGGCCGCACGCGCCAGUAGCAGCGGGCUGCCGAGUACGCAGGCGGAGCUUAGUGGUGAAUGGCUCGGGCUGGACUCGGGCUUCGAUGGCAAGAUGCAAGCCGGCGCGGAACACAUGAUCGAAGUCCCGGGCCUUGAAGCUCAUGAGAAAUUGCGGUUCGUCUCCAGCACCCUAGCGCCGACUGAACUCCGGAAGCUGCGUGAGGAGAUGGCGAGCGCGAUUUCAUCUCCUGUUCGGGCAUGA